AUGGAGCACAUCCGGACGCCCAAGGUGGAAAAUGUGCGUCUCCUGGACCGCUCCAAGGGCCAGAGAAAGGCAACCAUUGGGACUCUCUACCUGUCAGCUACACAUUCAAUGUUUAUUGAGAACAACCCUGAGACACGCAAGGAAACAUGGGUUUUACACAGCAUGGUAAGCAGUGUGGAGAGGUUGCCUGCCACACCUGCCGGUAGUCAGCUGAUCUUGCGGUGCAAAGAUUUCAGGAUCUUCCAGCUUCUCAUCCAACAAGAGAAAGAUUGUUGUGAUGUCCACACCUCAUUGUUGAGGUUGUCACGACCAGAAAAGUACAGUGAGCUGUACUGUCUGUCCUUCAAUCCCAAUAUCAACAAGGAGGAGAGACAAGAGUCAUGGAACUUCAUAGACCUCAUGGCCGACUACAAAAGAAUGGGAGUUCCAAAUAACCUCUGGGUUGCUUCAGCAGCCAACAGUGAAUACCAGAUAUGUGAAACAUAUCCAUCAGAGCUUUUUAUUCCAAAGUCGGCUACAUCUUCCGUCAUUGUGGGCAGCUCAAGGUUCAGGAGCCGAGGCAGAUUUCCUGCUCUAUCGUACUUUCACCAGGACACACUGGCUGCAGUUUGCAGGUGUAGUCAACCUCUGUCAGGCUUCAGUGGACGUUGUCAGGAGGAUGAGAUGAUGCUGCAAGCUGUGAUGAAAUCCAACCCUGGAAGUACCUAUAUAUAUGUGGUAGAUACGAGGCCCAAGCUAAAUGCCAUGGCAAACAGAGCGGCUGGUAAAGGCUAUGAGAAUGAGGACCACUACAAUAACAUCAAACUACAUUUUAUUGGCAUAGAAAACAUUCAUGUGAUGAGGAACAGCCAACAGAAAAUUAUUGAUGUAGGCGAAAUGCGAUCCCCAUCAAUGACUGACUUCCUUUGGGGUCUGGAAAACUCUGGUUGGCUGAAACACAUUAAAGCUAUACUAGAUGCUGGAGUCUUUAUUGCUAAGGCGGUGGCUGAUGAAGGGGUCAGUGUGUUAGUCCACUGUUCUGAUGGCUGGGAUCGGACAGCUCAGGCCUGUUCUGUAGCCAGCGUACUUUUGGACCCAUUUUAUCGAACCAUCAAAGGAAUGAUGGUACUGAUAGAAAGAGACUGGGUUUCAUUUGGUCACAAGUUCUCCCACAGGUAUGCCCAUUUGGAUGGUGAUCCGAAAGAGGUGUCUCCGGUUAUUGAUCAGUUCUUGGAAUGUGUGUGGCAGCUGUCUCAGCAGUUUCCAUGUGCCUUUGAGUUUAACGAGUGCUUCCUCAUUGCUAUACACACACACGUUUACUCCUGCCAUUUUGGGACUUUCCUGGGCAACUGUCAGAAGGAACGCAAGGAAAUGAGGCUUCAUGAGCGGAGUCAUUCUGUGUGGCCUCAGUUGUGGAAGGACAGAGCGGAUUUUACUAAUCCACUGUACAAGGCUGAACUGAGUCAAUGUCAGGGUGUCCUGAGACCUAACACCACCCCCUACUGUUUUAAAAUGUGGAAGGGACUCUACAACCACGUGGAGCGGUCGACGCCUCCUUGCCAGUCACCUGCAGACUUCCUGUCUGCUAUGAGGGAGGAGUCCCAGCAACUGGAGGAGGAACUGACCAACCACCAGGAGAGGAUAACUGCGCUAACAGGGAAGCCAAUAAUUUGGGAGAAAGUCGAGGUUAAGAGGAGAACUCGGCACAUCCAGCAGAGACACCGUGGGCCGGACCCACCCUCUACAUACGCAAUCCCGGUCAGCGGCCCCGCACAGGACCCCAGGAGUACAGGAUCAAACAAUCAGAACGCAAAGGGGAAGGACUAUGCUCUCACCCUCCCUCUGGAUCAGUCCGUUCAGGUCAAGCACAUUAAAACAGAUGAUUUUUUCAACUACAGCGACCUGGAAUCAGGCGUGGGUGACCUCAGCAGCCGAUCGUCCAGCGCUGGGGAAGAGGGCAAGGACCCGGAGAUGAUAGAUGGAUUAGCCUUCACUACUGCCUGA